AGUACAGUAGUUUGAACAUUUUAUAUUUCGUGUAGUGUAAUCUCAGUUUGCAUCAUCUUCUAAGCUUACGUUAUAACUUUAAUAACACUGUAGACUGUACCUGUUAAGUCAUGUCUGCAGAUUUGAGUGACGAUCAGCUGGAGGAAUACAAAGUUGCGUUUGCUAUCUUCGACCAGGAUUCUUCAGGUUCAAUAGAUAGACGGGAGCUAACAUCAGUGUGUAGCAAGCUGGGCGUUGAGCUAUCGUCCCAAGAUGUUGAGAACAUGAUGAGACACGUUGACAAGGACAAGAACGACACAAUAGAGUUCGAGGAGUUUAUUCAGAUAAUGCUGGACAUAGAGAACCAGACACCGGAUCACAAAGAUCAGGAACUGUUGGACGCGUUCAACGUAUUCGACAUCGAUAAUGAUGGUUUCAUAUCUAUAGAUGAGCUGAGAAAGGUCAUGAAGAAUAUCGACACUAAAAUAACUGAGGAGGAGUUGGAAGCAAUGAUCGAAGCGAUUGAUGAGGACGGCGAUGGCUUAGUGAACUAUGAGGAGUUUAUCAAAGCUACUACAUAGUUCAAAUACUUUUAUCAUCGUGACAGAAUAUUAACUGCGAACAGUUCUAUUCUACACACAUAAUAUGCGGCAUGCGCUAGCUGGUAAGGGUUGGUCGAUCAUAGAUUAGGACCAUGCUCGAAUGCUCGUAAUUCGUGGUAAAAAAACGUUGUUAUUUUAGGAUCGUUUUACGAUAGCUUUAGCCAGAAGGUUGUUAAAGUACAUAUUUACUUUCCGAUAAGUUGACUCUUUUAGAGACACAUAUUAAGCGUUUUUACUUUGUGAGCUGAAGAUGUUUCCUUCUUUAAAUGCGAACGUCUGAUAAUGUUUUUACUUUUCUGCUGUUUUGUUCAUUGAAAGUAGACUUUUGGAGAUUGUAUGAAAAAAUAAACGAAAACAUAUUUGAAAGUGUGCAGAAAUUUUGGAAAUGAUAUAAGACAUAUCAGUUGUUCAUAUAAUUAUUUAUUAAGUAGAAAUCCGAGUAAAAUAAUCAGCAUUAAGAACGUUAAUAUUAAAAGUCAGCCUGUUACAGGGAAGUGAAUGUAAUAAAUAAACGAUGUCAUCAAAUAACGUUCAAAUUCCAAAAAUGAAGGUAUUCAGCACCUUAAAGGGUAAAUAAUAAAUAUAAUCUGUCAGUCAAAUAUCUAGUAGAAUAAUAUACUGUGUAAAUAAAAAGUCCUUUCAAGUGGGAUUUUGCUUACA